AUGGCCCUCACGUGCGCCGCGUCCGCGCCCGUCUCCGUUCGUCGUCGUCCUCCGAGGAAAAUUUCAUCGUCGGGCGCGACGAGCGCGACGAAGGCGACGAUGGCGGCCCUAUCGCCCUUCUCUAUGCGCGCGCGCGCGUUUCCUCACCGGCGUCUCUCCGCCGCGAUCGUCGUUCGCGCCUCCUCCGAGGAGGCGACGUCCACCUCGUCCAGCGCCCCAUCCGAGCGGGACGAGGAUGAGGAGGAGCGUCGGGAGCUGGGGCGAAGCUCCUUGGGGGAGAAGCUCCGCGGCGGCGUCGCCGCCUUCGCCGCCGCCGCCGCGCUCUCCCUCUCCCUCCCGAACGCCGCCGGCGCCAUCGACGCUCGCGUCGUCGAGACCGGCAAGUGCCUCCUCUCCCAGUGCAACGUCGAGCUCGCGGGUUGCCUCGCCGACGAGAAGUGCGCAGAGUCCCUCGUGUGCCUCCAGGGUUGCUUCGGCAAGCCCGACGAGGCGGACUGCCAGAUCAAGUGCGGGGAUUUGUACGCCUCCAAGGCGGUGCAGACGUUCAACACGUGCGCCGUCAGUAACAAGAACUGCGUCAAGCAGAAGCAGGACACGGGCGAGUACCCGGUGCCGUCGCUGGACGCGAUGGCGCCCGACUUUGACGCAAACGUCUUCGGAAAGGAAGGCCGGUGGUACAUCGUCGCCGGGUUGAACAAGGACUUCGACGUCUUCGACUGCCAGGAGCACUUCUUCAGCGCGCCCGAUAAGGAUCACAUGUACGUGAAGAUCAACUGGCGCGUCGCCCGUCCGAACGGUCAAUUCUACGAGAGGUCCGACGUGCAGACGUUUUAUGCCGACGAUAAAACUUCGUCGAUUAUGCACAACAACGGCAACGAGUACCUCCACUACCAGGACGACUGGUACGUGCCGGGGUACAAGGACGGCGAGUACGUGUUCGUGUACUACAAGGGCACGAACGACGCGUGGGACGGCUACGGCGGCGCGGUGGUGUACUCGACGUCGCCGACGCUGCGGCCCGAGUACGUGCCCGAGCUCACGAAAAUCGCCGAGAAGGUUGGGGUGAAGUUUAGCGAUUUCGUCGUGACCGAUAACUCGUGCAAGCCGCAGGCGCCGCUCAAGGUGACGGCGGUGCGAGAUUUGGACACCCUCGGCGACGACGUCGUGGCCAUCGAGCGCGAGGUGGUCAAGGACGAGAAGGCGUUGUUCUCCUUUGUCGGGAAAGAGGGGCGGCUGUUCGCCAGGGAGGUGGGCAAGGACUCGCGCCUCAUCGCCAGGGAGGUGGGCAAGGACGCGAGGCUCCUGGAGAAGGAGAUCGAGAAGGACCUCGGCCUGGUGUCGUUCGGACCUCGCUUCACGGCGCUGAAGACGAACGACGCGAGCGAUCUUCCCAAGGUUGAGCUCACCGGAAAAGCCAAGGCUGAGCAGGCCAAGGCUGAGCGGCUCGUGAACAAGGUGGAGGCGAACAUCGGCCGCGCCCAGGACGGGCAGUGACGAUCGGCGCGGGCGGAGUGCCAGGUGCGAUCGCAUCUAUUAUGUAGAUCUACGAUUUAACACGAGUUGGAACACGAGUUGAGCCG